CUUAUCUCUGUGUGCGGGAAAUGCCUUAAUUAUUAACAGGCAUCUGAUCUGAACAAAGCUCCUAACUCCGCAGUCUAACGGCUGUGAUUUGACUCCUGACAACAUGUGGCUGACGGGUCUGAGAUUUGCUCUCCUGGUUUGGAUUCCUGGACUGCUGCAUGCUGUGAGUGAAAAGCCGUGCGGUGUUCCCAACCUAGAAUACGGUUAUUUUAUCCCGGUGCAAGAAUCUUAUCCUCAUGACUCACAUGUAACAUACACCUGUGAUGCGGGAUACAAAACCACAAAGGAGGGAUGGUGGGUGACAAUCGUGUGUCAAGAUGGCCACUGGUCCGAGAAACCGGAGUGUGCUUUGGAGACAGCCUGCCUUCCUCCGGUUAUUCCGAACGGCAAAUUCAUGCAAUACCAAAACGGUUCGUUUGAAAUAAACUGCGACAAAGGAUAUUUUCUAAACAGCCAGAAUAUGGAGUGCCACAGUGGGACGUGGUCCAAGGUAUCGUCCUGUCAGAGACAAACCACGGCGUGCGGCCAGCCGCCAGCUGUCCCUGAUGCUGUCGUUAUUCAGGCAUACCAGGAGGUGUUUGAAGCUUCUUCCAAAGUGGAGUAUCAGUGCAGAGAUGGAUUUGUCACAGAGGGCAGACAGUCCAAAAAAAUUGCCAACUGCACGGCUGGAGAAUGGGUCGGAACUCCACAUUGCAUACCUAUUGCCGAAACCGGAUCCACCGACACUCAGCCAUUCGUAUCCAUCGAUAAUUGUGGAAAGCUCCCUCAGGUUACAAACGGACUUUCCGAGCCACAUGAGCAGCGUUAUUUGAAAUACACGUGUCAGGAAUAUUACAAGUUAGUGGGUCCUGACACAGUGGUGUGUCACACAGGAGGCACGUGGUCCGAAGUCCCGACAUGUAAAGAGGAUUUCUGUCUUCUGAACACUACAGUAUAUCCUGACCUAUUAGAUACUACCAAUCCAUUUAUCAGAAAUGGGGACACAGAGGAACGGAAAUGUCUUGAUAAAUGGAGGUUUACCAACUAUGCUGUGGUUCGGUGCAUUGAAAUGAAACUCAGUGUAUCCAGAUGUUGCAACAAGGCCCAGAUAAACUUUGGUACAUGCUGAGACACCAUUGGGAAAAGAUCUGGCUCUCUUGGGCUGAACUGAUGGACUGACAACAAAUGGAAACAUGAACCCAUUUGAAACAACUUGAUAUUGAAUGUGUUGCUAACGGCCAGGCUGGAUAUUUUCAUUCUGUUCAAGCAUACCAAUAAAGUCAAAUUUUUUAUGUUUA